AUGAUUGAAGAAAGUCAAUCAUUUAAAAUUCAAACUGUUAAUCGACGUUUUUUACCAUUUGAUUCAGAAAAAGAAAAACAAUGGCAAGGUCCAUUCUUUUUUAUUCAAGGUGCUGAUUGUCAACCAGGAUUAACAUAUCUAUGGACAGAUACUGGAAGAAUGGAACCUACUUCUGAUAUGCCUAUGAAAUGGGAUAUUGAAAUUGAAGCAACACGUGCUGUUAUUAAAAAAAUAAAUCAAAUGAAACCUAAACCAAAAUUUUUUAUUGUUUGUGGUGACAUUGUUGAUGCAUUUCCUUUUGAAGAACCAUUUCGUUCACAACAAGAAAAAGAUAUAAAAAAUGUAUUUAAUGAAUUAGAUCCUUCAAUACCAUUAGUAUGUGUUUGUGGAAAUCAUGAUAUUGGUAAUGAACCAACACGUGAAAGUAUUCAAAGUUAUAUUAAUAAUUUUGGUGAUGAUUAUUUUGAUUUUUAUUGUGGUGGUAUACAUUGUAUUGUAAUAAAUUCACAAUUUUAUGCACAUUCAUUAAAUGUUGAAGAUUUAAAAUUAAAACAUGAACAAUGGCUUGAUAAUGUAUUAAAAGAUAAACAAUCAAAACAUAUUAUUAUAUUUCAACAUCUUCCAUGGUUUUUAAAUGAAUAUAAUGAAGAAAAUGAAUAUUUUAACAUUGAAAUUAAUUUAAGAAUUAAAAUGCUUGAAAAAUUUCAUUUAGCUGGCGUUAAAAAAAUUUUUUGUGGACAUUAUCAUAGAAAUGCAGGUGGAUUAUUUAAAUCAAUGGAACAAGUUAUUACAAGUGCAAUUGGUCUUCAAUUAGGAAAUGAUAAAUCAGGUGUUCGUUUAGUACGUGUUACUGAAAAUGAUAUUGAACAUCAAUAUUUUCCUACAGAAGAUAUUCCUUUGAAUUUUUUGUAA